AAGCGAUUGACGAAGUUCUUGAUCAGCUCAAGCAUCAAAUGUCUACAACCCUCUCCUAUAUGUAGAUCAGUAGCUUCUAGCUGAGUGCAAUUCAGCCUCUCCGGUCAGUCGUGUGGUCGCGCUAAUGUCUUCUAGUUCAAGUGAAAAUGUCAAACGCUUCGCGUAAAUCUGAAGACAGCGAAACGAUGGAUGGUCAACGACAACGGAUGCUGCAGCCGGAGCAGAUGGAUAACACGCCCGAAGUAAACGAACUAAAUGAAGAUACCACCUGUGGGUUCUGGAUUUUGAAAGGAUCAUUUUUGCAAAAAUUCGCAACCGCAAACGCUUACACAUUUCUGUACGGUUUGGUAGGUUGUUUGUUCAACGCCACGUUCGGUUACUUCAACGCCACAAUUACAACCAUGGAGAAGCGUUUUGAAAUUCCCAGCCGGAACAGUGGAAUCAUAUCGGCUGGGAUUGACAUGAGCAGUCUGUUUCUGCUGAUCGUCAUGUGCUACUAUGCGGACAAGGGUCACCGCCCACGUUGGGUGGCGUUCGGAGUGUUCUCUAUUGUCGUGUUUUGUUUGAUGUCGGCGCUGCCUCAUUUGCUGUAUGGGCCCGGAGGAGCCGCAUUAGCUUUAACGCACGAGUUUGGUGCCAGCAACGAUGAGAACCUAACUAAAGAGGUGUUCGAGCAGCAUGAAGCGAAACUUCUGUGUAUGACGGAGGGCACGCGAAGUGUGGCCUGUGAUGACGAGGGAGGUAAUCUCGCCCCGCAGGUGAUUUUACUCGUAGCGCAGUUGAUUUCCGGAAUAGGAAAUUCGCUCUACUUCUCAUUAGGAUUUACUUAUAUGGAUGAUAAUGUGAAGAAGGCAAAAGCACCGGUACUGAUGAGUGUCUCUUUCUUCUUCAAAAUGCUUGGACCGUCGGUCGGCUACGCGUUAGCUUCGUACUGUCUAAAGCUUUAUAUCGUUCCAUGGAUGACUCCGGUCAUCACCAACGAAGAUCCCCGUUGGCUUGGAGCCUGGUGGAUCGGUUGGAUCGUAAUGGGCUUCGCUGUAGCUCCCAUAGGGCUAUUUAUCGCGUUGUUUCCGAGAGAACUUCCCAAAACCGCCGCCCGUAGGAAAUCAGCCCUUAAACUGAUGCAAGUUAAAGUGGAGGACCAACCUCCGGCCUCCGUGAAGGAUAUGAUUGAGGCGUUGAAGCGCAUAACCAAGAACACAGUUUUGAUGCUGAACAAUAUCGGCUCGGCAUUCUAUAUCUUCGGUUAUCUUGCCUACAUGAUCUACACUCCCAAGUAUAUUGAAGUUCUUUACAAACAAACGGCUUCUACGGCAAGUAUGGUAACCGGUUCGGUGUCGCUAGUAUUUUCAGCUCUUGGAGUGCUGCUUGCUGGAAUAAUAAUCACCAGGUAUAAACCGACAGCUCGAACCAUGGCCGCCUGGAAUGUGCUGGUAGGCUUCCUAUCCGUUGUGGGGAUAAUCUUGUACACUGUACUAAAAUGCACAUCCGAAGACAAUGCCGUCAUCGUUAAUCCACCCGCACUAGAGGGUUCCGGUAAUAAUACCUGCAACUCCGCAUGUCAAUGUGACUUCAUCGAGUACUCGCCGGUAUGUGGAGAGGAUGGUAACACAUAUUUGUCGGCGUGUCACGCCGGCUGCCAGCGGAGAAAUUUCAAUUUGGAAGGCAAAGUUUACGAAGAGUGCCUUUGUAUCGAAUCGAAAUCACCGACGAUAGGCGGAGCUGCCAGGGCGGGAUCCUGUCCGGUCGAUUGUCAAAGCGUCUUCGUCGUAUUUGUGACGGUGAUGUGUUUCGUAAACCUCAUCCUGGCGGCAGGACGGGCCAGUAACACGCUGGUGUCGUUGCGUUGCGUUGAACCGCGGGAUAAAACCAUUUCGACCGGCUUGGGAUUGACAAUCGGAACGCUCUCGGUCAUACCGAGUCCGAUUUUUUUCGGAAUGGUUCUGGACAAGACGUGCCUGGUGUGGGGCAAAAACUGCUCCGGUGAAGGUAAUUGCUGGGUUUAUGACGAGGAAGCUUUACGGUAUAUGUUGAAUUACUAUGCUGCUGCUUUUGUUCUCGUGGGAACACUCAUAGAUUGUGCAGUUUGGUAUUAUGUAAAAGAUCUGAAAGUAUUCGAUGAGAAACCUAAGGAGCAGGAUAUAGCUUUGAGUGAUGUACAAAAAAAUACGGAAUAAAAUUAAAGCAAUUGAUUUAUUCUCAAUAAU